AUUAGAUUUGUUCAGCUUGAAAUUGAAACAGAUUGUUAAUUCCACAAUCGAAAGACAGUUCCUGUAAGACUCUUCUCUGAACGCUGACUGCCACAGCAUUUCAUCUAAAGACACACAGAGUUUGACAAUGACGUCCAUGAAGAUGUGGUAUCUCUUGCUUCUCGCUGCCUUCCUGCCCAUUGUUCCCACAGUGGCUGAAGUGGUUAAGUUGGUGUCCGACUGUGCAGAGUUUCUCCUUGAUGCAAAGCCACCACAUGUCCCAGGCAUCUUGGAGGGCUGGCUCAUUCAGGACCAGAAUCGAUACAAACUCAUAUGCCAGACGUUGGGAGACGAGAGAAAGUUUCUGACGCUUUACGACACUGAGAACAGGAUUCCAGUGUUUUCUGCCUUAAAGUACAUUGGGGAUGGAGGAGCACCAAAACCCCCAAACGAAUGGAUGAUAGAGCCACAGCUUGAGAACAAAAAUGACAAGAACAAGAACAUGUGUGAUGAAGACAGAGACAGGACCUACACCAAGCAGGCUGUGGACAAUGAUUACAACGACAACAAUUUAAAACUUACCAGGGGACAUUUAAUUGCAAGCACUUAUGGGUUCCAGACAUCUGGCAAAAAGUCCACCUUUACCCUGACCAACAUCGUUCCACAAGAAAAAACAUUCAACGAGGGAAGCUGGUACAACAUCGAGAAGGGCAUCAAAUAUGUUAUGGACGAAUAUUGCAAAGACAACAGUGGUUCUAUUAAAGCCUAUGUAGUAACUGGAGCAAUACCCAGCAACAACAACAAACAACUCAAUAACAGGGUUAAUAUUCCCUCCAAGCUCUGGUCAGCAUUCUGCUGCUGCAGCCCCAAAGAGAACAAAUGGAUCACAGGCGCACACUGGGGCGACAAUGUUCCAGAAAUUUUAUCUAAAAAGCCUAAAAAAACUCUGCCCACUAAGACUCUGGCAGAACUCAAACAACAACUGGGGAUAGAUGUGUUUCCUGAUACAAUGUGUCCUGUUUCUUUGGUUUUCACAAACAGUAAUAACCGCUCUACUUCAACCCCUUUUUCCUGUCCCACUUAA